CGAGUCGACCGCACGAGUGCUGGUUUUGCAUAUACGUGAACAGUUUGCGACGAUUUUUUUUUUUUUCCGGUGUUAUUUGCAGCCGUUGACUUUCCGCACAGAAAAGCAACCGUCAUGGGCAAGCCUGUCCUCCUGUGCAGCUAUCUCGGCUCCUGUUCAUGGCGCGUUCGCAUUGUCCUGCAGGUAAAGAAGAUUGACUUCGAUUAUCGGCCAGUGGACUUGAAGCCGAACGGAGAGCAGCAAACUGCGAAAUUCAAGACGUUCAAUCCAAUGGGGCAGGUUCCCGUAUUGCUUGUCGACGGAAAGCCGAUCAGCCAAUCGGUGGCUAUUAUGGAGUACUUAGAGGAGCAGUAUCCCAAGCCAGCGAUGCUACCCAUGGACCCUUACCUGAAGGCCAAGUGUCGUGAGGUUGUGGAGCUACUCGUUUCCGGAGUUCAUCCUCUGCAGAGCCCCAGCAUGAUUCCAUUUCUCGGCAGGACAGAAUGGAAGGAGUGGGCCCACCGCAGCAUCAGUCGUGGCUUUGCAGCCCUGGAAGCCACCCUUGCAGAGACAGCCGGCCGGUACUGCUUCGGUGAUGAGGUGACGUUCGCCGAUGCCUGUCUGUUGCCGCAAGUUCACAACGCAGAACGCAUCGGCGUCGACGUAACGCCGUUUCCAACUGUACGACGUAUCUGCGAAGCGCUUCGGCAGCACCCACUCGUCAAGGAGGCGGACCCGUCGUGUCAGCCAGACACACCGCCGACUGGAGUGCCCAACACGUUCGACCUUUUCAGGGACCCGAAAAACCAAUAGGCCGUACAGAUCGCACUUCGCUGAAGCAGAAUCGCGAGCUUUGCUAGAUGUGCACCGUGGAGUGACUAUAGCAGCGCAACCGAGUUAGAAUGCGGACAGUAGAAUCAAAUCAUGUCGGUUUCUCUGACCACGAUUUCACCAAAUGGCGAAGUCCCACCGCGAGGUCACCGGCCCCAUAAUAUAUUUUCGAAAAAGAAAGAACAUAUGGAUAACAAGCCAUUAAAACUCUGCGCGUGUGUAGCGAAACAACAUGAAUCACGUAUCACCUGAUAUGUAAUUGCGUGCCUCAUUUAUCAGAAUGAUUUAUGAGCGACAUGCAAUAUUUAAUAAAUCAUAUCAUUUUUUUUUCUGCUUA